GCUCUACCCCGCUCGCACUACAAUGGCUGCUGCUGGUUCAUGUCACUGUGCAGUACGAUUUGAUAAGACCGCUCGAUCCUCUGCAUUUCCCCCUCUCUACGGUCAGAAGCUCCGUCAUGGUGCUCAUUUCUCUGGCACUACGAUUUUUUCUCCAGUGAGUUCUCCGGCAUUUCGCCUCAAAAUAUCAUGCCAGAGCCGGACCUCUUCUGCUGUAUCCGCUGAGUCAUCGGUCAGUGGUAAAGAAAAAGCUGACCUGAAGGAUUUUCUCCAUAUAAAUGAUUUUGAUAAGGAUACUAUUUUGAAGAUCUUGGAUCGAGCCAUUGAGGUGAAGGCUCUAUUAAAGUCAGGUGACAGGAGCUUCUUGCCAUUCAAGGGGAAGACAAUGUCAAUGAUCUUUACUAAACCAUCCAUGAGAACACGGGUUUCAUUUGAAACUGGAUUUACAUUGUUGGGUGGACAUGCUAUAUAUUUAGGACCUGAUGAUAUCCAAAUGGGUAAGCGGGAGGAAACUCGUGACAUUGCACGUGUUUUGUCUCGCUAUAAUGACAUAAUUAUGGCCCGAGUUUUUGCACAUCAGGACAUACUUGAUCUAGCUAAGUAUGCAACUGUGCCAGUCAUCAAUGGCUUGACAGACUACAACCACCCCUGUCAGAUAAUGGCUGAUGCCCUUACUAUGAUUGAACACAUUGGUCGGCUGGAAGGAACCAAGGUUGUCUAUGUUGGAGAUGGAAAUAAUAUUGUUCAUUCGUGGUUGUUGUUGGCAUCUGUCAUCCCUUUUCACUUCGUUUGUGUGUGUCCAAAAGGUUUUGAACCUGAUGAGAAAACAGUUGAGAAGGCAAGGAAGGCUGGAAUCAGCAAAAUUGAGAUAUCUAAUGAUCCUAAAGAAGCAGUUAGAGGAGCUGAUGUUGUUUAUUCUGAUGUCUGGGCCAGCAUGGGCCAAAAGGAAGAGGCUGCCUACCGUCGCCAAGUGUUCAAAGGUUUCCAGAUAGACCAAAGUCUUAUGAACUUGGCGGGUCCGAAAGCUUUUUUCAUGCACUGCUUACCAGCGGAAAGAGGGGUGGAGGUUACAGAUGAAGUCAUUGAAGCUCCGUAUUCAAUUGUCUUCCCACAAGCAGAGAACCGAUUACAUGCACAAAAUGCAAUAAUGCUUCAUGCACUUGGAAGGUGAAUUAGUGUCAAUGGCCAUGUUGAUUGAUCUCCUUGGAAAAAGGCGUUUCAAUGCUCAAUUUCAGGGGUCUGAGUUAGUUUAAUUUAAAAUUUGCAUUCCGAGUUGGGUUUAAAUAUGAGUGUUUUAGUCCUUGGCAGUUUAUGCACGAUAUUGUUAACUAUGCUAUGGUAGUGCAUUUCAACAUGUUUGAUUUUGAGCCUUGUUUCAA